UAGCAAACAUACAAACACAUACUUGUAUACUCGUACUUACAUAAGUGGAACCACCGCAGCCAUGUUGGGCACAAUGACAAGCACGUUGACAACAGCCACAUCGCUAUACUCCGAGUACGACGAUGGUGCUGGCACAAGCAUUUUGGAAAUAGAGCUGCCGGCCAUCUUUCUCAAUGAGAGUCUGUUCAUUGAGCUCAACGAGAACCAGACAAUGUCCAGCGCUUCUGAUGCUAUGGACAGAAAUGGCACCACCAACAACAAUAUCACCUUGAAAAUGGAAAUGGAGCGCCGAGCCGCUGAUGAGCGCGCCUCAGUGGAAUUUUGGCUGCUUGUCAAGAUGAUCGUCAUGGCCAUUGUCCUGGGCCUGAUGAUUCUUGUCACCAUCAUAGGAAACGUUUUCGUAAUUGCCGCCAUUAUACUUGAGCGCAACUUGCAAAAUGUUGCUAAUUAUUUGGUCGCAUCGCUGGCAGUUGCUGAUUUAUUUGUUGCCUGUCUCGUCAUGCCGCUUGGCGCCGUCUACGAGAUAAGCAAUGGGUGGAUAUUGGGACCAGAGCUCUGUGACAUCUGGACAUCAUGCGAUGUGCUCUGCUGCACAGCAUCAAUAUUGCAUCUGGUGGCCAUUGCGGCUGACAGAUAUUGGACCGUUACGAACAUUGAUUACAACAACUUGCGCACACCCCGCCGGGUGUUCUCGAUGAUAUUUUGCGUUUGGUUUUCCGCUUUGAUUGUCUCACUAGCACCGCAAUUUGGUUGGAAGGAUCCAGAUUACUUGAAGCGUAUCGAGGAGCAGCAUUGCAUGGUCUCACAGGACGUGGCAUAUCAGAUUUUUGCCACUUGUUGCACCUUCUACGUGCCGCUGCUGGUCAUACUCUUUCUGUAUUGGAAAAUCUAUAUUAUAGCCAGGAAGCGCAUACAACGACGCACACAGAAGUCCUUCAACGUGACCCUGACGGAAACUGAAUGCGACUCGUCGGCUCGGGAACUGCAGAAGGAACAGCGCAAGCGGCGUGUGGUAGAGCGAAGUGAGGAGGAUGCCGCUGCAGGCGGGCAGGUGCACCGACGCACACGUAAGCGCAUCAGGAUUUGCUUUGGUCGUGAGUGCUCCAACUCGACUACGGGACGGACCAGCAAUGCCAAUGAAAUUAUGACGCUCUCCCAUCAGGUUUCCAGUGGAACACAACAGCAUCUGAUCGCUUCGCAUUUGAAUGCAAUAACGCCAUUGGCACAAUCUAUUGCUAUGAGUGGCGGUGUCGAUGGAGGUGGCAGUAGUCCAGGUGCGGGCGGUGGUGGCAAGGGUGUACUAGCAAGCAUUGCUAAUCCUCAUCAGAAAUUGGCGAAGCGACGGCAGUUGCUGGAGGCGAAACGAGAGCGUAAAGCGGCUCAGACACUGGCCAUAAUCACGGGCGCAUUUGUGGUCUGCUGGUUACCCUUCUUCGUGAUGGCACUAACCAUGAGUCUCUGCAAGAGCUGCUAUAUACACCCAGCUGUGGCAUCGCUCUUCCUUUGGCUGGGCUACUUUAACUCAACGUUGAAUCCAAUUAUAUACACCAUCUUUAAUCCCGAGUUCAGGCGUGCCUUCCAACGCAUUCUUUAUGGACGCAAGCAUAUGGCACGAGCUCGCAGCGCGAAAAUUUGAUUUCAACUGAAGGUAAACGAGGACCAGUAUUUGUAGAACUUAUUAGAUAGGGAUGAGAAGGGAGAGACAAACGAAAACAAACCCUAUGUGGCAUAUAAGUAGCUUUAUUGACAUAGCUUAGAGUUAACUUGGCAGUGAGGCGCGUUAAUUAGUUUUCAUUAGCAGUGACAAUCCAAUACCCUUAUCUACAUUAGCAAAGAUUCCUUCACACACACCCACGCAUGUGCCCUAAGAAAAUAAUCGCAUUGGCAGAAGCCAAAUUGUAAAUUUUUCUAUGUAAAUAUAAAGUGAUUUAAAGGUUAGCUUGAGGGCACUAAUCAUAAGCAUAAAUACAAAAAUUGAUUUUAAUUUACGUUAGUCGCUAGUUGUAAUUUAGGAAACAAAAGUAGAACAUUUCGAAAGUCUUCCCUGUGUCUUAAAGAAUUCAAAAAUACGAAACUAUUAAUUAUAUAUGAAAUAUGAGCAAACUGGCACAAAAAAUCGAUUUGUGUUCGCUGCAUGCACACUUUAUAUCAAUUAUCUAUAGUUUGACCAUUAAUCAACAAACAAGCAACAAAAGGCUGGGUCCAAAUCACUGGCAAGCACACUAGACAUUUCAAAUGCCUAAUAAUGUAUUCAAAUUCCAAGUAAACAGUGUUCUAUCUUAUUUGCAUCGACUUUACAUUAAUUAGUUGCUGGUUGUUUAACAAAAAAAUAACAUGCGCCCCUACAAAAGAAAUCAACAUGACUUUGUAACGAAUUUAAACAUA